AUGUGGGAUUUUCUGCGCGAGAUUGGCUCUGCUCGCUAUGCUCUCUGGUGGGCGAUUGGUUUGUGGGCCUGCGAUGCCUUCUUGACCAUACUCAUUAUCAGGCGGGUUCCAUUCACGGACGUCGAUUGGGAAACGUACAUGGUGCAGGUGGACGCUGUGCUGCAUGGUCAGUUCGAUUAUGCCCAGCUGAGGGGGCCGACCGGGCCCAUCGCUUAUCCGGCGGGCUUCUGUUGGCUCUAUGGGCUGCUGCGGCUGUCGGGCGCAGCAGUAGCGCAGGCGCAGGUCGUUUUCGCGGGCCUCUACAUGGCAACCCUGGCGGUCGUCUUCCAGAUCUAUAGACAGGCAGGGGCUCCGGGCUGGCUGUUGAUUCUGUGCGUGCUGUCGAAGAGGGUCCACUCGAUAUCCCACAGGCCCGGCGGAUUCGUCCUGCGGUGCUUCAACGACGCCGCGGCCCAGUUUCUCGCCUAUGCCGCGCUGCUGCUCUUCCUGCACCGCAGGCGGUGCCUCUCGCUGCUGGCCUACUCGGCCGCCGUCAGCGUCAAGAUGCAGCCCCUGCUCUUCUGCCCCGCCGUGGGGCUGUCCCUCGUGCUGGCAGGCGGCUGGUCGCUCGCCCUGCCGUGCGUGCUCGCCGCCCUGGCCCUGCAGGCCGCCGUGGCGGCUCCGUUCCUGCUGGUGGGCCCUGGGGCGUAUCUCCGGCACGCCUUCGGCGGGCCCGGCGACCUGCAGCACGCCUGGUCUGUGAAUUGGCGCGCCGUGCCGGAGGACCGAAGUAUUCCUGCACGCUGGAUUCGCCCCCGCGCUGAUGGCCAUCCACGUGGCUCUCCUGCUCUGGUUCGCACAUUCGCGAUGGACACCCGCGGGGCUGCUUGA